UUGUAUUAUUUUACAAUGGACCGCAAAAAACAUCCCUGUAGAUGUCCAGGAAAUUACAAGAAAUUAUGUAAACGUAUUCAAUUUACGGACUGUAAAAAUGUCCAAGAAAUUAUUGAAGCUCUCUUGUUUCAAGAGGAGCUUGAGAAAGAAUAUAAAAAAUGCAAGACUGUUCAACGUCCAUAUUUCAAGACCAAGCCUUUCAAGCCACGGCAUUUCAAAGACACGUGCGUGCCAAUGACUCCAUCCAUGCAUACAAGAUUGCGGUAUAUAACUCAUUGUCCUAUCGAAUCAACGGCACCGUCUUACCAAAAGUCAAGAUCAACGCUUCCUGAUUAUGGUUUCGGGUCGUCGUCUGAAGAAUGUGAUAGCAUAUUAGGAGGUAAAAAGAAAUUACAAAAGAAGAGAGUGCGGUAUUACGAUCUCUUACCUGGAGAUAUACAUUUGCCGGAACCAACGCCCGUCAUAAAACAUACACCAUCAGAUAAAUCAAUAUUAAAAGUACCAAGUCCAAAAACAAGCGGGGAAUUUAUCAGCGUGCAACGAGCGAGUGUGCAACCUAAAGAAUUACAACCACCAUUGCCCGCGCAAUCGGGACACGAAUUAGUCAAACCUCACAGUGGGAUCGUGAUCAAUGCAGAAAAAGAUUUUGUUGUCGACAUACCAGUAGUAGGCGGACCGGGAAGAAAAGGAGAUAAAAGACGACGUCGUAAAGCAAGGAUUUGUGGCUCCAAAAAAUGUGGAGGGAAGAAAUGUCGGAAAUGCGCUGCAAUACGAAAACGGCUACGAGAAGCAAAGAGAAGCCGUCACUCGGAUCUUCCCUACACAACUAUAGGAGUGACUGAUGGAAAACCGAGGGCUCGAGGCACACAAAAACAUUUGAAAGAUGACGAUUCCGUGUGCGGACUUGAUGAAAUACCGAAACCAGAACAUGUACACAUCCCAGCAAAUCUUAAAAGAGGAACAUUGAAAACUCACUCGUUAACAGUGUUACCAUGCACUAAAGAAAAAAAGGCUGAUAUUCAUUAUGGCAUCUUGACUGGGUCUUUUAACAUGUACGACAGCAAAUUUGGCAACAGGUCGCGAGGUCGGCAGGCGUUGACGAUGAGCGUGAUGGCCUACUGCCUCGCCUUCCAUUACCAUCCUAAGCAGUGGACGAUGAAGCUCAUUGACAACCUCAUAGACGCAGGGGAUCAGUGGUAUUUGCAAUGUCUAGAAAAAGUGCACGAUCACUCGGCUGUUCAAGGUAUGUGCGAAGUGUUGCCGUUCGGUAAAAAACAAACGUUGAAUCUUAACGGAAAACGAAUGCAAGUGUUAUUGGGAGAGCCUGAUGUGGUGGGCUACACAAUGUCUCUCGAUCCAACUGUGUACAAUCUAUGUAGAGGUUUGAAAGCAUUCUUUGCUGAUAACAGGGCUGGGAUCCUUCUUACUCGCGUCUUGAAGCUAGUGAUAUGGAAGGACAAAAUAUGCUUUUAUAUCUUCGACCCUGCCGGCAGAGAUUCUCGCGCGUAUUCGAACUUCACAAACGGAUCUGCAGCUCUAAUAAAUGUCAAAGAUGUAGUUUCCGUGGCUGAAGUUGUUUUGGCUCGAAGUGUAGUGGAGGAUCAGAAGUUUGUCCUAGCUCCCAUAAAAGUCCUGAAAAUGGUGGAUGAAAAUGCAGACGAAGAUUUCGAAUCGGACAAAGAAUUGACACAAGCAGAAAAAGCGAUGAUGAGUUACAGAAUUUUAAAUGAGAAUUGUGCAAUUGUUAAUGCUAACAUGCAUCUUGGAGAUAGAUGUUUCGAAGACACGAAAUUUCGUCAGGCCUUACCCAUUGCUGUGGUGGCAAUGACCUAUGCAAAGAUUUCUCCUCCGAACACGUGGUUUACAAAGACUCUCGAUAAAAUAUUGCGUUUAGGCAACAAACUAUAUGUUGAAUGUGCUCAUCCAAAAGUCGUGAUCGAUAUAACGAUAGACAACAUUCCUAAUGAGAUCACUCUCGGUCCGUUCGCGUGCGAGAUAAUAAUAUAUAGAGAAAGAAUAAAAGGGCAACUGUUUACGACUAAAGAUUGCUUCCUUAACAUAAAGACUGGACUGGAGGAAUUCUUUAAUCGUGAAUACAACAGCGGUAUAUUGGAAUUUAACAAUUAUUCUCUUGCUGUGUGGAGACAGAAAGACAUGUAUUAUUUAUUUGAUUGCUAUCCACGCACUAACGAUGGUAUGCGAUCGCACACUGUAGGCAAAGCAUGUUGUUGGAUGCUAUUAAACCCGGAAACAAUGGCGUCGGUGUUUACCAAAAACUGGGAUUACCUACCAAUUACUACUCCGUUUUGUAUUCACGCAUUUAAAGUACUGAAGUUAAAAAAGCGCGAACCAAAGAAACAAAUUGUGUGUACCCUAAGUGACGAGCAGUUACCCGGCGGCAAGUUUAAGAGGAGGGAAAAGUACUUGGUCUCUAGUAAAGGUCAUGGCGACGGCAAGGAGAUCUUCCAUGAAAUUCUUGCUGCGGAUCCUGUGGACGACGAUGUGGGAAAGUCCCGUGUUGAUGAGGAACAAAUGGGUGACAUUAUAUCGUUAGUGGACAGCAUACAAGAUGAUUAUCUGCCACCGAUACCGCUGCGAUACAAGAACAUGGAACCCGAGCCGGAACAACCGAAAAUUGUGAACCUGGACUCCCCGACGGUGUCGGUGACCCAGGUGGUGCCGCCGUGGCCGACACCGCGCGACAAGAGCCGCGAGCCGCCCGAGCCCGACCCCGACCCGGAGCCCACGCCGCCGCCCACACCGCCACCCAUGCCCCCACCAGAAGGAGGAGUAGAGGAAGAAGCUGAAGAAGAAGAGGAAGAUGAGGAAGCGAUACUUAGAAAAAAGGAAGAGAGGGAAAGAAAAAAAGCUGAAGAAGAAGAAGCGAGAAGGAAGGCUGAGGAGCUGCCACCGCCGCUACCGCCGCCGCCGCCUUCGCCGCAGCCCGAACCUGAAGUUCCGCUUGCACCGAUAGAGAUUGUCGAAGACGAAGUUCAAACGUUUGAGCCUGUCGACGUUGACCGCAGGAUUCUUUUGACUGAGGACGCUCGCCAGCGAUCCAAGCUGCGCCAGUACCGCAAGAAACUAACUCCGCCGCUGGACGAAAUUCUAGUCGAAUCUACACCGUCUGAGGAACUUUAUAAGCCGAGCAACUUCAAGACUUUGCCAGAUAACUCUCAGAUUAUCCGAGGAACAUCCGCUAUAACUGGCGGAGACGCUCACAACGUCUUACCUUUCGCAGCCAUAAUGGCCAUCGUCACCUCCUACAAGUACAUGAUUAGCACUUGGACGACUGACAUUGUCAACUUCGUUAUAGAUUCAUCCAAGAAAUUGUAUAAAAAUAAACUGCAAAAAUUUCAACUCGCUCCCGUACACAUAAUUCCGAAAAUUUCUAUAGGUCACCAGACGUAUCAUGCGCACAUCGACGUGGUGACAGAAGGACCGACUUGGCAACUUGAAAAUAUUAUAAAUAAAAAGUUUCUCAACAAAUAUGACAGGGGAAUGAUAACAACUACUUCGUACAGUGCUGCAUUCUUCAGGAAGAAUGGUAUAUAUUAUCUGUUCGACGGCGGUGCCUGCACACCAAUGGGUAUAAGGGAUGAGAAGAGCAAGGGAAAUAAUGCUUGCUUCUUGCGGUUUAAAUCAUUGCACGACCUCGUUGUCAGAAUACUUUAUAACAAAGACGGGGCCGGCGAUGACCAACAAUUUGUCCUGAGUAGAAUCUUAGUGAGAAAACUUUUGAAAGAGCCAAGGAUGAAACUACCGGAAGACUACGACUAUACAACUGGUGCGCCCGCAUCGAGUAAAUCCAAACAGACGUUAGUCGGUGCUGACAAGGGCAAAGACAAGAAGACUUCCGUCGACUAUACUGAACCGAAAAGCGAAACUGUCAUCGGUUACCAACAUAUUCAAGGUCUGUACAGAAUCGAAGGAACUACCUCUCUCAACGACAGAGGAGCAAGUUCAGAAGUGACGGCUUCCCAUUUCGUCAGUUUAAUUGCAAUGCUAAUGGCCGCCAUGCAUCCGAUAAGAACAUGGGAUCAUUUCAUGGUCGAUACGUGUAUCGAAAAAGGCCUGGAAAUAUUUGACAAGGCGACCAAUUUAAAUGUCUGCGAAAAGAGAGUAAUCAAGAACAUUAUACUGGAGGGAAAAUUAAUAGAUGUCAACAUUAAGAAAAUUCUUGUAAUAAAUGAAAAUCCACAAAAAACUUUAGAACAAUAUUUGAAUGCGGUUUUAAGAAGACUACGUUUUGUUAUAAUCAGAUUCCCCAGUUGCAGUAUGGUUCUGUGUCGUAUGGAUGGAUACUAUCACCUUUUCGACCCAAAUCCCCCGCCGCCCAACGAAGAGCCGGAAGUUAAAACUGAAACUAAAGAACUAAAAACUCCAGUGAAAUCUGCAGGAUCCGUGGCGACAUGGACACUGUACCGUUCUAUAGAUGCCGUUAUUAAAAGGAUACGAGGUACCGUCGGAAAAGCAGAUCAGCCAGAAUUCUAUACUUUCGAAUUGACAUCGGUAAAAUCAGCACCGAAACAUUCAGCUCUUAACUAUCGUCUCAGUCCACUUUUCAAGCCCGACCAAAAUCCCAAUUUGCCAUAUUUAAAGCGUAGGAAACCUCGGCCUUUGGUCGACGAGAAAAUGUAUUGGCUAAAUAUUGAGAUGAUACCGUGGUCGCGAAUGAAUCCGUUUAACGAUGCAGGAAUUAAAAGAGGCAUUCCAAAAUCGAUGUGGAAGGAUUGGGAUAUCGAAUUUCCCGGUGAUCUUUAUUCACUUUGGGGUAAUAUACAUCCUUUAGAUCCGCGAUUCGAUGACGAGCACCGCGGCAAGCAGUACUUGGCCACUUGUUGUGUGGCCGCCUUCAUGACGGAGGUGUGCGACUUGAGCGCCUGGACCAGCAGUCUGUUGGAUGGUAUAGUGUCCGGCGGUGACAAAUAUCACGGCAAAACACACGAAAAAGUGGGAGGUAAUGUCAAUCACGAAAUAACUGUCGAAGAUUUGGAUACCACGUUUAAUGACUUGUAUCCGUACUCGUUUUCUGUUACCUUUACUAAAGUCAUAUUUGGAUUCGUCUACAAUACAUAUCCGGAUAGAUUUAAUUUGAGUAAAGCUUUGGAAUACUUUUUCGAAAAUAACCGACUUGGCAUAUUGGUCAGCCCUACAAAAAAUUUAACAUUUGGAAGAAUAGGACCUUCAUAUUUUAUGUUCGAUUGCCAAAGUUAUGGAGCUCCAAUAUUUUCGCCGGGACAAGGGGCUUCGUACAUUCUUAAAUGUGAAAGUCUCAACAGACUAAUUUACUGUAUUGCUGUUACAUUGAAUUUAAGAAGACACAGUCAGCAGUUCCAUUUGUAUAAUUUAGCUGUUAAAGCAACUGAAGGCAAAUAAAGUAUUUGUGUUGUGUA